UAACUUAACUGCAGAGCUGCCUUUAGCCGCCGAUCCGCCCUGCCGACUCGCCAUCUCCCUGAUUCCACGCUGUGGCUCCUCUUGACUGACUCUGCCGCAGGUUCCCUUCUCCAGUUCUCCCUCCCCUUGCGACGCCAACCGCUCGCCAUGGCUCCUCCGAGUGCCUAGGAGUCUAGGACAAGGAAGGGGAGAUGGAGAUCGAGGAAGCCACCAGCGAGAUGGAGGAAAUGGAGGCCCCCGCCGUCAGCACUGUGGCGGUGGCGAUCAGCGGGAGCAGGAGCAGCAGGCACGCGCUCAAGUGGGCCCUCGACAAGUUCGUCCCCGAAGGGAGGGUCCUCUUCCGGAUCCUCCACGUGCGCCCGGCGAUCACCAUGGUGCCCACCCCAAUGGGCAAUUUUAUCCCAAUAUCACAAGUACGAGAAGAUGUAGCAUCUGCAUACAGGAAAGAAGCGGAAUGGCAAGCGAGCAAUAUGCUUCUUCCUUUCAAGAAGAUGUGUGCUCAGAAAAAGGUAGAAGCUGAAGCUGUUUUACUUGAAUCAGAUGAUGUUGCUGCUGCUAUAAGUGAAGAAAUAGGAAAAUUCAAUAUUUCCAAAUUAGUUUUAGGUUCUUCAUCAAAGAAUAUAUUCCGAAGGAAACUCAAAGGAAGUAAGACUGCAACAAAAAUUUCUGAGUCCAUUCCGAGCUUCUGUACAGCAUAUGUUAUUUCGAAAGGCAAACUUUCAUUCGUGCGGUCAGCUACAUCCGACGUUGUUGAAACACCUCAAUCCAUAUCUUCUUCAACUGUUUCUUCUCCUAGUUCUAGAAGUCUUUCCUCCUGUGCACCUUCAGAAUGGGGAGACACAUAUGGAACAGCAAAUGUAUCGUUCCACCAACCUUCCCUGCCAUUGCAGCGUGACCAAGCACUGGCAAUCAUAAACAAGUUGUCACACUCACACAGGGGAGCUGGCUCAGGAAGUGUUGCAAGCGAGGUCUCUUGCAAUGACGGCCCAGGCCUAACAAGUUCACAUUCAAUCGUAUCAGAGAUGCAGUUCAGUAGUGGUAGCAGUGGAAAUUCUAUGUACAAGAGCUUCCACAGAGAUAAUUUGCCUGAUAACUCUGAUCAUGCAUCAGUUUCAGAAAUUUCAGAAAAUGUACACCAUUCUAAUGAUCAGGAUGAUCUCAGGCUUCAGAUUGAAAGGUUGAGGGUUAAAUUACAACAUCUUCAUAAGCUUCAUGAAUGUGCUCAGCACGAAUCGUUUGACACCACUCAAGAACUGAAAAAGUUGUGCACUCAACACAUUGAGGAUGAAAUCAAGCUUAAAGAAAUUCAACUGACAGAGGACAGAGUAAGAAGAUUGGUAAGAAAACAGGAGAUGGAAGAACAUGAAGCAGGGAAAGAAGCUGAAUUUAAGCAACACUCUUAUGAAAUUGAAGAAAAACACAGCUAUAAUAGCCAAGCUAAUGAGAACAAAACAGGACAGAAGAUUGCGGGAUGCUGUUUUGAUAAAUAUAAUAGGUAUAAAUGGGAGGAGAUUCAGGCAUCAACUUCAUCGUUCUCUUCUGCUCUUAUGAUCGGUAAGGGGUCAUAUGGCACUGUUUACAAGGCGAAAUUUCACCAUACGAUAGCAGCUGUCAAAGUAUUGAACUCCCCUGAAGGCUGUGGAAGUCAGCAAUUACAGCAGGAGCUUGAGGUCCUUGGUAAAAUUCGGCACCCUCACCUGCUGAUGAUGCUUGGAGCAUGCCCUGAACAUGGUUGCCUGGUUUAUGAGUACAUGGAAAAUGGUAGCCUGGAUGACAUGCUGCAACGCAGGAAUAAUACGCCACCAUUGACCUGGUUUGACCGUUUCAGAAUAACCUGGGAGGUGGCUACCGCUCUGAUGUUUCUUCAUAGUUCCAAACCAGAGCCUAUCAUCCACCGUGAUCUGAAACCUGCAAACAUAUUGCUGGACAGGAACUUGGUUAGCAAGAUAGGUGAUGUAGGCCUAUCAACUUUGCUUCCAAGCAUGGGCCAGUACCUGUCUACAAUGAUCAAGAACACUGCGCCUGUGGGCACGUUGUGCUAUAUUGACCCAGAAUACCAAAGGACCGGUGUGCUAUCCAUGAAAUCCGAUGUUUACGCGCUAGGCAUUGUGAUCUUGCAGUUGCUGACAGCAAGAUCACCGAUGGGCCUUGCGCAUGUUGUGGAGACCGCACUAGAGGAUGGUUGCUUUAUUGACAUCCUGGAUGCAUCUGCUGGGCAGUGGCCUUUGAAUGAGACACAAGAACUGGCUGCUCUGGCACUCAAGUGCUCUGAAAUGAGGCGUAAAGACCGGCCUGACUUGAACGAGCAUGUUCUUCCGACACUGGAGCGACUGAAGGAUGUUGCAACCAAGGCCAGGGAGUCUGUUCUUCAGGGCCACACGGCACCUCCAAGCCAUUUCAUUUGCCCAAUACUUCAGGAAGUGAUGCUCGAUCCAUAUGUUGCAUCAGAUGGUUAUACCUAUGAUCGUAAGGCGAUUGAGUUGUGGCUAAGUUCGAACGACACGUCCCCGAUGACCAACCUGCGUUUACCAAAUAAGAGCCUGAUACCAAAUCACUCUCUUCGUUCUGCAAUCAUGGACUGGAGGUCGAAAAGCAAGUGAUGCAUCCUUUUUGCUGCAGCAAUGGCCGACUUCUCUUCCAGUGAAGAUGUCAUUUUUUUUCUUUUGAAAUCUUAUGUGGAAGUAGUCUUCAGAAAGGGUUCUAGGUUAUGGCGUUAUGCAGCUCAAGCAAAAUGUAAAAAAAAUCGUCUGAUAGCAUCUAUAUAGCAACCUCGCUGUCUUAGUGAAACAAUUUUAUCCUUCCUAUGCAUAUAAUGUGUUUGUAUGCCUGUAGUUAAUACUGAUUACCAUGACUCAUCAUUUGAUCCUGACAGUAGCUUUGAAUUGUGCAUAUUGCUGCUGUUUUACGCAGUUAUUUUCACGAAA